UUCCAAACUUCCAUUCCCUGUCCCUUCCUUUUUUUUAGAGCGAGCACACUGUUAGGAGCGCUAACAUAUCACAGAGGGAGCAAGCUCAAUCCUGCUUGCAGCAAGCCCAGUCCUCUAUCUCCAGGUGUGUGGGAACUGAGCCACGUGGCCUGCUGAUAAGGCUAUGGGCAUUUUUAACUAUAGAGAAUACAGUCUAGGUCCCCUUCCUCCCCUUCUUUGGUGCUUACAACGUGCUAGGAGGACAGAAUGAGAACUCUGCGGCUGCUUGUGCUGACUGCUAUAGCGUGCCUGCCUUCUUCUUCAGCUGAAGGUGGCAUCGGCCCAACAGAGAAGAAGCCAAAGAAGGCCAAACUCCCCCAAAUCAAGGAGGAGAACAAUGUUCUGGUCCUGAAAAAGAGCAACUUUGAUAGGGCCCUGAAUGCAACCAAAUACCUGCUGGUGGAGUUCUACAUUCCUUUAUCCGGGCCUUCACAGAGUCUGGCUGCAGAAUUUGCCAAAGCUGCAGAACAAUUUAAGAAGGAAGCUGUGGAUAUCCAAUUUGGCAAAGUGGAUGUGGCGGACCAGAAGGACUUAAAAAAGGAAUUUGACAUCCUGGAAUAUCCGACCCUGAAGUUCUUUGUAGAUGGUGACAGGAAAAACCCCACUGAUUGCAAAGGUGUUAGAGAGGCCUCUGCCUUCAUGACAUGGGUUAGAAGACGAAUAGGACCCAGCGCCAUAUUUAUCAAUAGCACAGCCCAGGCCAAAACCUUCAUAGAGUCUGAAGAUCUGGCAGUGAUUGGCUUUUUUAAGAGACUUCAAGGUGGAGCUGUGGAGAUCUUCUACGAAUCUUCAAGACAUGUCCCUGAACUCCCUUUCGGAGUAACAGCCAGUGAAGAGGUUUUUGCUCACUUUGGUGUCAGAGAAGACAUGGUGGUUGUAUUCCAAAAGGGAAAACCUGUUCAUAAUGAAGCAUCUGAAGAAGGCAAAUUGAACGAAGCAGAGCUUGCCAGAUUAAUCAAAACAUUUACAAUGGAUUUAGUCACAGAGUAUAAUCUUGAGACAUCUGUGAAGAUUUUUGAUGUGCCUGUUGAAAAUCACAUUGUUCUCUUCAUGGCCAAGAGUUCUGGCAUGUUCAGCAAGGCUUAUGACAAUUACACGUCUGCUGCCAUGGAAUUCCGAGGGAAGAUCAUGUUCAUCUUUGUGGAUACUGAUGAAACCAGAAAUGGCCGUGUGAUAGAGUACUUCCGGAUCACUGUGGUGGAAGUCCCUUCAGUUCAAAUCCUAAACCUGACAAGCAAUGUCAAGUACAAGAUGCCUGCAGAUGAAGUAACCACGGAGAAUCUGCGACACUUCUGCAGAAGCUACUUAGAAGGAAAAGCAAAGCCACAUCAGUCCAGCGAGGAAAUCCAAGAAGGCUGGGAUAAGAAGCCUGUGAAAGUGCUCGUUGGGAAAAACUUUGAUCGGGUUGCCUUUAAUAAGAAGAACCAUGUUUUGGUCUUUUUCUAUGCACCCUGGUCUCGUGACUGCCAGAAACUAUUCCCUGUUUGGGAUGAACUUGGCAAGCUGUACGAAAGUAGCAAAAAUGUUGUCAUUGGCAAAAUAGACUAUACAGCAAAUGAUAUCCUGUUAGUCAACCUGGAGCGCUACCCAUUCUUCAGGUACUUUCCUGCAGGAUCUGAAACUGAGGUUGUCCCAUACAAAGGAGAACACACUCUUGAUGCUUUUGCUAAAUUCUUAGAAGAACAAAUUAAGGCAAGAAAGAAGGACUCAUCAAAGGCCAAAAAAGAAGAGCCCUUGAAGGAGAAGGAAAAAAUUGUGCAAAAGGAAGAACUGUAGGUUUUCUGUGAAGCAAGGAUCAAGUUCGUUUCUCAAGAAUGGUGGAGUUGUCUUCAAGAAUUUUGCCCUGAUCGUGGGAAUUUUGGGAGAUGUUCAAAAAACUAAAUAAAGGCAAGACG